AUGCCGACUACACCUCCACGGGAGUCGCACAAACUUCCAGUAGAGAUGAAUCUUCGUCUCCAACAAGAAAUCAGUCCUUCUCCUACCCUGUUAGGCAGUUCAUCUCUGCAUGCGAUGGAAAAGGAUCAUCUGCCUCCACAACCCAUCUGCCACAAAACUAUGUGUGUGGUGUGGACAUGUAAUUAUAUUUUUCAAUACAAUACAUCUGGUAGUAACAAACAGCAUGUGACCACAAAGAAUACUGCAAAGCUUGAUCGUGAGACUGAAGAACUGAAACACGAAACCAUUCCAUUGGACGUUGGCAAGUUGAUUCAGCAAGGGCGUCAAGCUAAAGGACUCAGACAGAAGGAUCUUGCUACAAAAAUCAAUGAGAAACCACAGAUUCCAAAGAGAGCUCGUCAGCUCGUUGAUAAUAUGGAUAGGACAGACCUCGGAGAUGACAGACUCAUGGGCAAAGAUGGCCGUUCCACCACACUUGCUCUCAGAUCUGCAAAUACUACAAACCAUAACAAACAGCAUGUGACCACAAAGAAUACUGCAAAGCUUGAUCGUGAGACUGAAGAACUGAAACACGAAACCAUUCCAUUGGACGUUGGCAAGUUGAUUCAGCAAGGGCGUCAAGCUAAAGGACUCAGACAGAAGGAUCUUGCUACAAAAAUCAAUGAGAAACCACAGGUGAUUACUGAUGAACGGAUUGCGAGCAAGAGGGUCAGCGGUCGCGCGCGCCAGAAGGGCUACAUAUUUUAA